UCCCCACAACUCAAGCCAGCCAAACCUGCCCUGAAGGCAUUCGGAGCAAAAAAAUUUACCUGAGUACCUCAGCUUCUUUCUACUCAUGUUCAGAUCCCCCAACUCAGGAACCUUAGGUGUAACUUCCUCUCCUGGCUCGUUCGUAUCAACUUUCAGAAACUGUUAACAUUCAUUCAGUUUAAGAAUACUGGGUCCUCUGCCCCUCCAAACAGUUACUCCUUCGAGGUUAAGUCACUGAAACGUUCUUCAUACUUUCAUUUUCUCCUCUCCACUGAAACCCACUUUCCUGUGGCCAUCUCCUUACCCUCUCUGUGACACUUGUCACUCCUGAAGGGCCCUCCCUUAGCUGUCACACUACCUAUCUCUGGCCAGCAUCCUUCGGUAACUUUUAUUCCUGUCCUUAGGGUGCACUCUUGGCCCCAUGUGCUCCAAAUAUUCUGCCAUGACUUUGAUUUCCAGCUCCUAGAGGACUCCAGAAUCUAUUACAAACCCAGAUCUCUCAACCUUGGAUUAUAUAGUUAUCUCCUGAAUAGAUCUACUCCAAUGUCCUAAUUAUCUACAUCAAAAACAGUCCACUUCAGAUCUCCACAUUGCUCCUUCAGCCCCAAGCUUGGGAGUCUGCCUUCACUCUUCAUUUUCCUUCCCACAUCCAUUUAUCCCCCAGUGGACAGCUUCAGUUACUGAAUGUCCUUACAAUGAUCAGCUCUCAGUCCCUGCGUAGCUGCGCUAGUACAGGCCUCCACUUUCCUUCUUUGGUGGCAGAUUUUCCUACCUUGGGUGUCGCUGUUGACCACACUGCAGCUGGUGCUUUCUAAAACAGCACAUUGAUCUGUGCGGAUCCCUAGCUUCAGGUCCUCUCUGACUCCAUGAUCUCACCUCUGUUCACUCCCCCAGUUUCACAGGCUGCUAUGUCACGUGUCACAGUAUAUUGCCUCUUCCACGUUGUGGGACCCUCGGCGUCAGGCACAAAGUAGUGGCCCGAUGAUGAAUGGAGGCGCUGAGGCCAGGCUGCGGCUGGGCACCUGUGGUCUCUGUUGGUCUUGCUAGGCCAUUUAGAAGUGACGGAACGUUGAGCCCGGCGCCCUGUGCCUCUUCACAAUUCAGACUGCAAGUCGGGAAACCGGACUUACGCCUGCCAGGUGCGACAGGGCGAUCUCGGGCAAGAACGCAUGCGCGGGAUGUCGGCGCGCCGCCGGACCUCCACGUGCGCAGGCGCAGAGGCCGCUUCCGGGCCGCUGGGGCAGGGAUGCUGAGUCUCGAGAGUGGGCUGAGGCUUUUCGCAGCUUUGCGGCUCCCUUCUGGGUCAGAGAUGCCUAAGAAAGCUGGCGCGGCAAGCAAGGCCAAGAGCGAAUCCCGUGGCGUCCAGAAGGUGGGCCGCAGGAGUAAAGACGAGAGCAAGGAACCAGAGAAGCCACUCCGUCCGUUAGGUCCUGUGACAGUUGAUGCUAAAGGUUGUGUCACAAUAGCCAUCCACGCCAAGCCUGGCUCCAAACAAAGCGCCGUGACAGAUCUGACCACGGAAGCUAUAAAUGUAGCGAUUGCAGCCCCUCCAUCAGAGGGAGAGGCCAACGCUGAGCUCUGUCGGUAUCUUUCCAAGGUCUUAGAACUCAGGAAGAGCGAUGUGGUGUUAGAUAAGUCCUUAAAUGCCACCAUUACCGGCAUUUUGUCCUUCUAA